UUCUUUCUGCUCAAGAUGUCAGGUCGCGGCAAGGGAGGCAAAGGCCUGGGCAAGGGCGGCGCCAAGCGCCACCGCAAGGUGCUGCGGGACAACAUCCAGGGCAUCACCAAGCCCGCCAUCCGCCGCCUGGCCCGCCGCGGCGGCGUCAAGCGCAUCUCCGGGCUCAUCUACGAGGAGACCCGCGGCGUGCUCAAGGUGUUCCUGGAGAACGUGAUCCGCGACGCCGUCACCUACACGGAGCACGCCAAGCGCAAGACGGUCACGGCCAUGGACGUGGUCUACGCGCUCAAGCGCCAGGGCCGCACCCUCUACGGCUUCGGCGGCUGAGCGUCCUGGUGUCGCCACCGCCUGCUUUCCCCAACUAAAGGCCCUUUUCAGGGCCGCACGCCUUCAAUGAAAGAGCUGCAGGCUGACGCUCGCGUUUGGGGGUCUUGGGAAGAAGUAGCUGCGUGUGGGCAUCCCCGGUACCUGGCGUCGGGUGGGCGGAAUAAUUACUGCAGCGGGUUCCCGAAGCCGCUGGGCAUCCUCAACACUGACUCGUGCGUCCUAGGAUUUUAGGCCACUAAACUGUUUGAGAGGCUGUAUUUGGCUCACUUGCAGAACACUAGCCCAGUACGUGAGGCACUGGCUUUGAGAAUCAAAACAGUGCACAACCCAACAAACAAGUCCAGAGGAUUGUUGAAUGAUUCCUUGCAUUUCUUAAGCUGCUUAAUUCUUAGUUUUGAUUGUGGCUUUUGGCCUUUGUCUGCAUGUGGCAAGCACAUUUAUCUGUUUGGUUUUCAAGUGUUGAUGUUGGUAUAUGAAAAAUGUCCCAUUUACAUUCUUCAUACAGUUUGAACUUCAUUUGGGAAUACAAAACUGCAGGCAUCAAUUAGGGGAUAAACGGCUUAGCUUUGUGAUUUGACUUAGACAAUGUUAUUCUUAAACUGUUGAAGAAAACCUUAACUGAGGAAAACCUGAUAACAUUUAAGUGUUGAGGCAAAUGAAAAUAAGUGAAAUUGAGAAUGCUCAGGAUAUGUUUAAAUGUGUGUCAAAUGCUUCACAUGGGUUAUUAUAUGUAAUAUUCUUGUGAUUUAUCAUCAUUUAUAACCAUAUCAUUUAUUAACCAUGCUCAGUAUAUAGAAAAGCCAACAUGAACAGUCUUGGGCCUAGUCCUAUAAUGGAUAACCUGGAGACACCUGUCAAUCACUAUCCCAGUUGGAAUGGGUGAUUUUAUACUUUUCAGGUUGUGAGCCUAAGAAAGUAGUUUUUCCAUCAGCGCAGUCAGAAUCCCCUACCCCACAGCUCUCACGGUCCAAGCUCUCCAGUGUCCUGAUUUCAGAAGAUCCGUUUAUCCAGUGAGGAGGGCCCCAUGGGUUUGAAAGUUAAGUCUAUCUAUAGCACUAGCCAUGAAGAGUGGUACUUGACAAAAAAAAAAAAAAUCAAUGUUUAUAUUUCAUUUAAAUGGGUGCUGGUUUGGUUUUGGAUAAUAUUUAUACUUGAGAACUUAGAUUCAUAAAUCUGAAUAAUUCAACUUAAAACAACCAAAUACAGACCAAGAAUUCCAUGAACAUUUUAUAAUUGAUGUACUGUAAAAGUGUAAAAUUCACACCAUAUUUUGAAAUCUUGAAAUAAAAAUACAAAGCAAUGCAA